AUGCGCAAACAUCGUCCACCUGACCAGUGGCCACGACAGCCCUUUAUCAUUGAUCGAGAAUAUCCAUCAGUUGGUCUUCAGGCCCUCCCGACAGAAAUUUUCCUCUUGAUAUUGCGCUGGCUACCGGUCUCUGCACGCAUAUGCCUAGCUUUAACCUGCAAAUCCUUGAUGGAAACCCUAUUUCCCGAAAAUAUUCUGCCACGACUCGCCGAGGAAGAUCUUAUUGCACUACUUUCAUUAUUGCAAAAAGAUAUACCUGGAGCAUAUUUAUGCUUCUGUUGUCAAAAAUUACGCCAACUGAUACCAGGCAUGGAUUGGGCGAGCCAUGAUCACAGAUGGAAUAUUGGCCUCUUUCAAAAUCCAACGUGGCAUAUCACUUCACACACUACUUGGCAUAUACCAGCUCCAUACUAUUUUUCAUCGUUUAAAGACCAUUUCUACGUUGAUUUUAUGGACGCGUAUUUGGUCAUGAACAGCCAUUUUCUUGGUUCCUCCCAUGGCCUACCUCUUGAGAGCCUUGAACGCUAUGUGUCGUUCCAAGACCAUUUCGAGCUCCAUAAUUGCCAGCAUAGUACAGCUCUUCAAGACGAAGUCAAUCAGAGGUUCCGAAAUCCUCCAGGUCUUGAGUAUCGUCUUUAUGAGCGGAAAGAAGAAGAGCCUCCCCGAAAAAAGACUGCCUGGAGGGUUUCAUUCCGGAUGAUUCCCAAGAUUGUCGAUGACAAACUCUAUUUGGCUCGAUUCUACACGAUAGUCGGACCAUGGGUGCCAUGGAGCUGUAUGGCAAGACUGCUUAGUAGUUUUUCACCAGAAAUUUGUUGCCAUUUACAAUGUUCAGCAGAUUCCAGGCUAUUAUUCUGUGAUUUACAUUACGGUUUCAUGCAGCAAUCGAACCCAGGCGCUUACGUAUCUAUUGCUCCACGCACACGAACUAGGCAAAGAAAUUCGCAGCCACCCAAAUUCGACCCGGAAAGUGGCUCGUGCCAGCUAUGCAGUACGGAUUACGACAUUAUACUCCAUCAAAAUCAGGGGAACAAGGAAUGGAACUUUAGGCUUAGCACGUAUCACUGCCUUGGAUCGUGUCGGUCUCCACAAGAGAAGUUUUGGGAAUACCUUGUGGGGAACUUGGGCGAGGUUUUUGUUAGUGAUCUAAUUGGAUUUGAAAGAGCCCAGACACCUGUAAGGUCUCAAUUCCUGGAAUCUCAUCGUGGGUUUGCCCGGCAAACGUGGCAAGAGGACAAUACGUAUGUGGAUGAAGUGCAGUGCCGUUUCGACUGA